AUGUGCAUUUCUCUUGGGUUCUCUUCGUCGGUUUCGGCUCAACUGCUGAUUGGUGAUACCCUCAUAGCCUUCUUUUCGAGUGUCAUUAACCUUGGAGCGCUGGCAGGAUGCUUAGUUGUGAGCCCCGUCCUAAAUACGCUGGGUCGUCGCAUGGCACACCGCAUCUCUGCUGUCCCAUCAAUCCUCGGUUGGUUUCUCAUUGCAACAGCCCAGGGUCUCUCUCCUCCUGCCACUGAUUUGUCCCCGAGCCUAAUCUUCCGCCUUAUUUUUGGUCGCGUUCUCACGGGCUUAGCUGCUGGCAUGAUGACCACAGUUGGUUCGGUUUAUCUUGUUGAAGUCGCCCCGCCUUCACAAUCGGGCCGAAUCGGAUCGCUUGCUCAGCUUGCAGUUGUUGCUGGGACAUGCAUUGCGUACUACCGCGGUAUGACAUCCGCGUGGUACGAGACGGCGCGUUUAAUGGUUUUUAUCUCGAUUGUUCUGUUAAUUUCAUCCUUCUACUUGCCGGAGUCGCCUGUGUGGCUGGCAAGAAUGAAUCAGCCACAAAAAGCUCAACGCAGUCUUUCAUUGCUAAGAGGUGAGCACAGACCAGCCAAUCAGAAAUUGGUUGAAAAGCCGCCGAACCCUAAUGAUGGUAAAAACCUCUCACCUCCCCCGUUUGACAAGACAGUGUUAAGCGAAUUGCUUUCUUCUGCGGAGGUUGGCAUUGCUUCCACCACCACCGCCACCACCACUACGACCUCGCGUUUAAUCGGUCUCAUUUUGCCAUGCACCACCAUCCCCCCAGAGUUGACCUCCAAUUUGCGCAUCGCGAUGCUCCUCGUGGUCGCCCAACAGACCACGGGCAUCAACGUGAUAACGUUCUACACGGAGCCGCUGUGCCAACGCAUGGUCCACGUCGCCGACUCAGCCCGUUGCGCCUUCUCCCUCGGGCUGGGCCAGCUCGUGUUCUCUCUCAUUGCGACCAUCCUAAUCGACCGAUUUCCCCGACGUCUACUUGUGGUUGCCAUGGGUGGCCUCAUGGCUAUUUCAAUGUUCUUCUUUGCUAUCGGACAACAGUUUCCAACUUCCGCGCCGGUGCCGCCCAUAGCCGCGCUAACCUUUUUCCUCUUCGGCUACCAAUGCGGUUGGGGUCCGUUGGCGAUGUUGAUCACCUUAGAGCUUUUUCCGGCGUCAGUGCGCGGAGCUGCCGGCGGCGCAACUGUCGCCGUCUCCUGGCUGGUGACCUUCCUGGUGACGCAGUCCUUCCAGACCCUGGUGAACCUCCUGGGACGAGAGAUCUUCGUGUUCUCCCUCUUCUGCCUCCUCACUGCCCUGGCCUCGGUGUACUUUUACCGCCGACUCCCCGAGACCAACACUGCCUUCACCGACUCCCCCAGCUUGAUCCCCGCUAUGCCUCGGUUAUCACCCCUGGUGUCUUUCGUGGCUUUGGUGGCCUUCCUUUUCGGUUUCCAAUGUGGUUGGGGUCCGUUGGCCAUGUUGGUGACCGUGGAACUCUUCCCCACCACUCAUCGUGGAGCUGCAGGCGGUGCCGCCGUGGCUGCAGUCUGGAUCACUUCAUUCCUUGUCACCCAGACCUUCCAGCCCCUUGUGAAUGCCCUCGGAGGUGAAGGCUGUGAGAUUUACGUAUUCCUGUUCUACAGUGCGACAACUGCCCUCGCUGCGUACUUGCUGCACCGUCGACUACCGGAAACUAACAAGGCGUUCCAGCCAAGAAUGCCCGACCAACUCCGACGAAUUACUUGA